AUGAACCUUGUUGAACAUAUUACUUAUGACACAAUCAUGGCAACUCUAUCAAUAUCUCUCAUAAUUCUUGCUAUCAUCCUCUUUUUCCUUUGCAAAAAGAAACCAGUUGAAUCGGAAGAAACACUUCCAACGAAACACAGUGCUCGUGCAUACCCUUUAAUAGAAAUUGAUGCUGCUACAAAUGGCUUCAACCACAGGAGAAUCAUCGGAAAAGGUCGUUUAGGAACAGUUUAUGUAGGGAAACUAGUAUCAGAAGAACUCGUAGCUGUGAAACGCAUUCACCCUGUUCUUGUAUUAAGCAACGCAGGAUUUGGUUUCUCAUCAGUGAUCAAAUGGCUCUCUUUAGCUCAUCACCCUAACGUUGUUCCUAUAAUAGGAUUCUCAGAAGCACCAGGUGAAAGAAUUAUAGUGAUGGAGUUUGUUCAAACAGCGAAUUUGGAGUUUUACUUGCAUGAAAAUAAUGAUGGAGUUUCUUCUUCACUAUUGGAUUGGAACAAGAGGUUUAAGAUUGCAGCUGGAGUAGCGAAAGGACUAGAAUAUCUUCAUGAAGUGGUAGCACCAAAUAUUGUACAUGGGUCAAUUGAAAAAAGAGGGUUAAUUGGUUACGUGGAUGAUGAAUAUUGGAAUGGUGGGGUUUGUAAGGAAAGUGAUGUUUAUGGGUUAGGGGUGAUUUUGUUGGAGCUUUUGAGUGGAAGAGGGUGUGAGAGUGGAGUAUUGGUGAAAUGGGCAUUGCCUUUGAUUAAGGAUAUGAGAUUUAGUGAAGUUUUGGAUCCUAGGUUGAUGAUUCCUAGUGAUAUGAAAGCUAUUGUUAGAUUAGCAAAAGUUGCUGUAGCAUGUGUUGGUAAUUCAAGGAAAUGUAGGCCUUGUGUCAAUCAUGUGGCAACCAUUUUGAAUGAUUUAGAGAUGGAAGUUUGUUUCUUAUCAAAUUAG